CCAAGCCGAUCGAUCCAUGCAGCGCCAAGAGCCACAACGAUCCAAGUGCGAAGGCACAGGUAAGUAGGUGACGCAGGGGGGAAGCAGCAACCAGGCGCUGUAUAUGAUGUUGAGGGGCACGCGGAGGAGGAGCGCCUGCCUCGCCGGCGGCAACGACCAGGCGCCACCCGCCAUGAACUACCACCGCGCGCACUCCGAGCACGUCACCAAGGUCGCCGGGAACCCCUGCCACACCGCCGGCGGCCACAACAACCACGCCCUCCAGCAGCAGCAGCAGCAGCAGGCGCACCGCCACCACGGGUACAACAACAACAACAACCACGGCGGCGGCGGCUCCCACCGCUACGAGACUUACGAGGAGACCUACGAGGAGACCUGCGAGGAGAAGACGACGUACAGCGCCGGCCGCCACCACGGGCACGGGCACGACGGCGGCGGCGCGCGCCGCUACGAGUACGAGACUUACGAGGAGACCUGCUACGAGGAGGAGCAGGAGGUCGUGGGCGGCGGCGGCGGCGCCCAGCUCAAGCGCGGCUACCGCUGCGCAUGAGCGAGCAGCCAUUGCGCCAGCCGCCAGCUACCCUGUGGACGCGGCGAGUCCAUGUUGGCAGAGACCACGAUGAUGCAUGCAUGGGGUACACUGCAGACUGCACUGCAGCUCAAAUUAAAUAAUUAAUCCGACCGGGCUAAUCCUACCCAAAUAAAUUGUACUCCCACAGUUCAUCUGUGCUCUGCAUCCGCCGUAAAACAUAUUGUGCCUGCUUGUUUGAUU